UUUCGUGUGCUGUUAUGGAAGUCGUAGAGGGUUCAACAUCAAACAAGUGAAUAGUGGCAGCGAAAUAAAUAUCUCAUUAUUUUCUUAAUCCAGCCAACACCAUGAGCCAAUUCAAAAGAUUAGCUACCCGAGUCAAGUACUUUUAUAAUGGCAAUGGGAUCCACUACCAGAUUAUCAUCGACUGGGAAAACAGGCUCAGACGAGGAAAGCCAUAGGAUGCAAGAGUUUAAGAAAAAACUCAGAGAACGCACUCCCAUAGGUAAACUGGAGGAUCUAGAGGCAGGUAAACACCCUUACCAAGAAAAGGAACCCUUAGAACCCCAUCCUAAUAAUACAAACCCAACAACUGGAGAAGUCGGUGGACCUCGCGGUCCUGAACCUACUCGUUAUGGAGAUUGGGAACGAAAAGGACGAGUAUCGGAUUUUUAGCAAUAAUACUAUUUGUAUAAAGGAUCAUGAAAUUGUUAAAAUGUACAGAACAUUUACUGUACGAAUCUACCUAUAGGACACAUAUGGAUAAUUUUCGUUUGCAUUGUGAGAUAAUAAAUGAGAUUCCAGUAACAUUCUUAUACCUUGUCACGAACGCCUCAAGACAAUUGAUUGUGUCAACCGAAUACAUUUACUAUCAAAUGCAUAUAUGUGAAGUUGUGCACGAGUUUCUUAUUGUAUAUUUCACCGUAUCCUAGAUAACUGAAAAUUUGUUUUGUUUCCUUGUUGGGUCAAAGUAAUUACAGCUUUCUCACAUUUGUGGGAUUAAUUUUCAAACUAUUUUUGCAUUUUCUCCAAUUUGAUAUGUUGCCAACAAUAAUGAAUUUCAGGAGAGCAGCUAUAUGGCAGCAAGUUAGAAGCUUUAGCAAAAGUAAGUUGGCAUGUCAUUAUAUUGAUGCAGUGAACACUAAGAAGAUUCAUUAUGAGUCAUUAAAAAAAUUCUAUCAGUAUAGUACAAAAUUGUAAAUUAUGUCUCUUUUGACUCAAUAUAAAUAAAUGCUAAUGACUA